AUGCACUGGGUUGUCAGAAGUAAAAAGGACCUGAUGCUGGAAGAAUGUGACCAAAUUCCCACCAGCAAGAUUGAAAAUGAGGAAUGGAAUGAGCAAAGAGAAAUAAAGAAAGAGGAACUGGCUUCAACCACAGAGGAAAUGAAGCAAAAACAAUCUGAGCCCCUGGAGAAGUCAGUCUCUCCACAAAAUCCAGAUUCUCCAGGCUUUUCAGAUGUGAACUCUUGGCACCUUCGUUUCCGCUGGUCUGGGGAUGCUCCUUCAGAACUCCUGAGGAAGUUCAGAAACUACGAAAUAUGAAAUGUCCCUGUUCCAUAAAAGAGGAAGAGCAACCUUGUUCCCAGUGCAGUCUUUCUUCACAUGUUAAAAAUGUCAAGUUUAUAUGUCAUGUUUGUGAAUUGCUGACUACCAAUGGAUUCCUCCAUCUUUGGAUCUGUUCUCAUAGUGUGUUGUUUAAAUGAGAAAAUUUUCAGAAGACUAGUUUCUUCCAAUAUUUGUAUAAAUUAAGGCUUUUAGAUCCUGAGUAGAUUUAUUAUAUGUGUUUUCCUGUUAAUGCUAUUUAUAGAAAUCCAUUUAAAAAAUUGAUCUCUGUAUUUAAAUAUGUCAUUGAUAUACCAUGAUCUCUACUAGUGCUGGAUGUACAAAAAAUGUUUUCUGACUCUUGACCUAAAAAGAAAUGUGAAAUUACUUGCUUAAACUCCAUGGAGUAAAAUAAAUAAUUUUCCCAAAGUUCAUAAAUGAGUUUUUAGUUAAACUAUAUUUUAAAAUAAUUUUAAUAGAUAUUUCUACUUUAAUAAUUGUGAAUUUAGAAGACUUAUUUGAGGAAAUGCUAUGUUUUUACAAGAUUUCUUGUGUUAUAUAAGCAAGUGAUAAAUUUAUAAAUUGUGUUCUAAGUAUGAAAAUGGGCCUGUUAAUAAUCUCUUUAGGUUGGAAUUCUUGAUGGUCACAUGUAGUCCGUGGUUAUU